AUGCAACACCGUACUUCGGAGUACCAAAUUGAAGAAGGAAUUGUCGAGGAAGAAGAGGAAGAAGAGGAAGAAGAGAAACACGAAGAAGUUCCUGAAUCCGCUACAUGGGCAACCCUUGUUGCCGAUGACGGUUACGAAAUUUCCCAACCCUACCCAUACCAAAUCCGCAACAAGGAGACAGGCAAGGUUCUUACCCCAGUCCUCAACAACUUGGGACACUUGAACCUUAACCUUCGGAAUCGCGGUUCAAUCUCCAUGGGCAAGCUUGUCGCAAUUCAAUGGGUUCCAAAUCCAGGCAAGAAGACGAAGGUCAGACACAUUGACGGUGACAAGCUCAACAACCGUAAGGAGAACCUCGAGUGGUUCUAA